CUGGAAAUGUUGUGAUGUCACACAAGUGCUUGCAGCUUAUAAGCGUCGGUGAACGCGGAGAGAGAGCCGGGCAGGCACACUUCUGGACUGACUGCACCACAACUCUGUCAGAUAAGCACCAUGUAUCACCUGAGGGUACCUGCGCUCCUGCUACUGCUGCUUGUGCUGCUGCACUGCACUGCUGCCGCCCCCCGACACAGACACUUCAGCUCCAGCUCAUUUGGCCGAGAGGAGAGCCUCUUGCCAGAUGACGCCACGCCCAACUUCCUGCUCUCCAAAAACCUCUUUGGGCUCAUGGCCACACGGUCGCAGCGCGGCCUGGCCGCUAGAAACAGCCAUCCAGUGGAGAAAAGGAAGUGCAAGACGGCCACCUGUGUCACGCAGAGGUUAGCAGACUUCCUGGUGCGCUCCAGUAAUACCAUAGGGACGGUGUACGCUCCCACCAACGUGGGCUCGGCCGCCUACGGCAAGAGGGAGCUACCGGGCCACUACCUGCCCCUCUAGUGGCGUCCAUCGCCUACCAACUCUAACCCCAUGUUUACUUUCCCCUUCACUUUUCUUUCUUUUGUUUGGGCUGCUGCUUGACAGUAACAUGCUCUGGCAAUAAAAUUAUUAAGAUAAACAAAGUGUGAAGCCAUACAACAUUCCAUGUUUGUAAUAAAG